UCUAAUCAAUGCAUCAUCAUCUUCCCUUGGAUGGCCCUUCAGCUCCACUCUGGGUGGAAUUGGAAAUCCUCUGAAUGUGCUGAACCUACCUGCAUACUUCUCGGUAGAGAUUGCUGGUUGCCACUGGGUUCUUUCAAAACACCAUCCAUUGUGUGACUGAGGUUUGCACUUACCCGGAACAAAAGGUACCUUUAAGCCACUGAAAACCUCGCCUAAGGGACCAUUUGCACCUGCUAUCCUCCGAGCAAUUACCAAAGCCUGCCCUCCAAGCAAACAUCUCUCUGAGCGUGUCCUUGGCGAAUAAAAAAGGCUGCUGGAUCCGUUUUCCUUGCGACGACGACGACGACCUGUCAGAAUGGGAACAGACUCACGAGUGUGCCAACCAACUAAACAUCUGUCGCUCUCAUUGGCGUGAUACAAAUUCAAAUUUUCACAUCACUAUGAAGACCGAGAACCAGACCGAGUCCAGUGAUUUAUGCUCGGAUCAGGCAAUUUUGGAAAAGUUGCGACAACUUUCCUUGAAGGAGAAGAUAAUGAGACAAGAUCGGCACAACCAUCAGCAUCAAGCUUUGGCCAUGGCAUCUCAAUAUCAGUUGAAUUAUCGUCCAAUGCCCAAGGGGAUUCGCCUUCGCGUUUGGGAAGAAGGCUGGAAGUAUCGCAACAUUCGCAAAAAGUCAGGUUUCAAACACACCAAACUGGAAUGGAAACUCCAUUCGCAACCGGGGAGCCAUUCUAGCUCGGGUUCCACGGUAGAGGGAUCCACUAGUAGCACCAAAUCCGAUCUCGAGUCCUUGAACCUCCCACCCACCAAAUUAGAGAAGAAACGACAACGCCUUCACCGCAUGUAUCAUCGAAAAUUGGGCGGAAAAGAAAGCACCCAUAUUCGACCUCACACGUCCCACCAUGAGCAACGAACCGACCCUAAUGAAGGCCUCGAGGUCAUGAGGCGAGCCAGCAUGAACCAGAUCGCCUCCGAGGUAGUAUCCCUGAACUCGUACGAUCGAAACAAGCAAAAAAAUCUCAAGUCUCAAAUCGUGAUGCCCUCUUACACGCCCUCCUUGACGUCGAGUCGAAUUUCCUCGCCCAAGCGUCAGAACGGAAAGGAGGCUGCCUAUGAGAAUGGAUCGAGGCCACAUUCAAAAGACAAGAGGAAGCAUCGAAGAUCAAAACGUGAGACUGAGUCCAAUAAAGAGUGGAGCUCGAAAUCUACUAAAGGGACGGAUGAAACGCCGAUUUUGGAAGCUUCCGAAAAGUCUGAGACAACCUCGAAGAAAUAUGCGCCUGUAGAACGCCAAGAAAAGAAGAGUAGCCGCAAAUCGUCGGCCAAAUCAUCAUCAUCAUCGAAUGAGUGAAGAAGAGUAAAAGCUGCUUUUACACCUCGAGUUAUUUAGGCCCCGCAGAUGUUUUUCAAUGGCGUUCUAGACCUAAGUUCUUUUGAGACACUCUGUAGUGUUAGAACCAUUUCCUAUUGUAUUAAUUUGGCAAAUCUGUAUGACAACGCGCCACCUGGAUUGGCCCAAACUGUUUAAAUUUAAUCGUCCUAUCGUUAAAUGAGAUGAUAUCGAUUUGUUUGUGAACUCGAGCAUCAAUGUUGAAGGAGAAAAAUAAAGUUGAAGAGGUGGGACAUGAGGUAGGUUCCAAAGGUAUUUUCAGGAUUUUUUUCGACUUUACUUUUUUCGUUUCCAUGCGUAAGACAAAAGUCGGAAAAUCGUGAAUUAAGAAAAAAUUCAGGAAGAUGGUAAAUGAAAAAUAUAAGGUCUUCUUCAGCCUCUUGAUCAAAUGUCCUCAAACAUAAGUGUACCAAAGGUAUUGUUGAUUGACUUAAUUGUAUUUUUAAUCGCACAUGAAAAAAGAGUUAUUUUGCACUAAAAAGAAGGAUAUGAUGAUUUAAAAUAUACCUGGUGGAUUACUUAAAUUAAACGUUGGUGGCCUGCGAA